GUUCGUAGUGCAGGGCCACUCGCUGGGCUCUGUCCGUUUUCAAGCUGAGCAGGAGCUUGGAUAUAACACUCCCUCCACGGCGGCACGAUUUUGCUCUGGCUCGGCUGAAGUUUUCCCACAGAUAAGAGGGAAAGGGGUGGGGAAGAAAGAUUGCCCCGAGGACACCUCUUUCUUGCAGGACAUGGAGAACAGGCCAGCAGAGACCAACUCAGAGGUGGACAAGUCAGCAUCACCCUCAGUGGCUCAGCUAGCAGGGAAAUUCAAGGAGCAAGCAGCCAAUAUCACUGGAAAAGAGGUGCCACCACAUAAGCCAACUCGGAGGAAACCACCAUGCUCCCUUCCAUUGUAUUCCCACAAAACUGAGACAAGUGACAAUGAUGAGCAAAAGCGGUCUCCAAAUGCUUGCCCCCUUCCCAAGGUCAAGGUGAAAAGCUCCCCCAUGAUUGAAAAGCUGCAGGCCAAUCUGGCUUUUUCUCCAGCUGCUCUGCUGCCGGGAGUGUCUCCCAAAAGCCCUGGUCUGAAAGCCCUGGUUUCUCCAUUCAGCACACCUCCGUCGACACCCACCAGCCCAGGGACUCAGACCCAGCCCAGCGAGGCGAGUGAGACGCCAGUCAGCUUUGAUCAGCCCCCGGAAGGCACCCAGCUGCAGUUCUACAACAAGGUGCGGACGCGAGGAUCGAUCAAGCGCAGGCCACCCUCCAGGAGGUUCCGAAGAUCUCUGUCCGAGUAUGGAGACGGGGAAGAUUUAGGGCUCAACAUCUCUUCUCCAGAAAAUGGUGCCAGGGAAGAUGAGGUCUUUAGGCCCAAUGACAAGACAGAGGAGGCAGAAACAGGGAGCAAAGAGCAAAAGAAACAGGCAGGGUCUGAUGAGAAGCCCCCAUCAAGGAGAGGAUCCAGCAGGUCAGAGGAUGAAUUAAAAGGGAGCAAAGAGCAAAAGGAAGAGUCAGGGUCUGAUGAGAAACCUCCAUUAAGGAGAGGAUCCAGCAGGUCAGAAGAUGAAGAAAAAGGGGAUAAACAGGCAGAGGAAAUGAAUCCUUGCAAGAGUAACAAAGGGAAUACAAAGGAGGAGGAAGUGUGUCGUGAUGCCCCAGGGAAGGAGAACUCUGCCCAGCCUACCUCUGGAAACAAGGAUGUGUGUGAGGGUUCCAAGGGAGAAGAGCAGCAAGGCACUGACAGUGAACAGGAAAAGGGGGACAAGGAGAAGGGAGAAGCUGAAGCUGAAGCAAAGGAAAGCAGUGAGAGCACAGACACACAGAGAACAUCAGACACUGAAGAAACACCACUGGCACCUGAAUCACUGCAGGAUGCAGUGGGAUUAGAGACUGCCAGUGAGGCUUCACCGUCAGCCACACAGGAGCAGGGCACAGCGUAACCCUGACACACAGGACAUACCCAAUCAGGGUAGAGGAGACUUAACAUGUGAAUAGGAGCCAUCUAACCCAAUCAAGGUGGAAGCUUCUGGAAAACCUUCAGUGGCAGGAGAGGAGCAGAACACAGAUACCCCCUGAGGUCCAGACUCCUCACAGAGCUGAGUGGCUCCUUGCUGGCUCUCUGCUCUGCACCAUCAUAUUUUGGGACAGCUGGAACAAGAGACUGGUUUGCAAUCUCUUCAGAGUUCAAAACUCAGGUGUGUUGGCUGAUGUUCCUCAGUGAUAUUUGGAAACUGAGACACCUGAUACUUGCUGUCCCAGAACCAACAACCAUCACCACUCCUGGUCCUCCUGCUCCUUCAUCCUGCUCCAAAAUGUCUUUUUCUUCUCCCCUGCAUUGGUCUUAGAUGAAGUUCAUCAGUUACAAACAUACAUGUAUGGUGCCUUUUUGGUAGCUUCUUUUGAAAUACUUUGGGUUUUUAAACUUCAGUAAAUAAUGUUUUAAUAGUAGGAAACAGUAUGUUUUCUCCAUAUGUGCUGUAUGGCAGACAAUGUGAACCCUGAACACAGGGAAAACUCUUAGGACAUUGAUCAUACAACAUAAAAUCCUUCUGAAGUGGGGCUUGAACUGGCUGGUCUGUGAAACAGCCAGCAGGGGCAGGCUGGUAGGUUCUGUGUGCUUCAAAUUUGGGGUGUUUUUAGUGCUGGUAGAAAAGUGACAACGAGCAGAUUGGAUGCAAAGAAAAGAUGUGCUGAGUAGGUCAACAGGGCAAGUUUUUUAUCUGGCUCCGGGCUCCAGUCCAGAUUUAGAAGGCCUGCCUGUCCAUCAGUCUUUCUCACUUCCAGACCCUAUCCAGUCUUUUUCAAAACUUUCAGUGUGUGGCCACUGAGAACCACUCAGGAUAGAAACCAUCCUGGCUUACAGGAAACAGCCCAUUAAUUUUGGGCAGGUCAAAGAAGUCUUAGCUGGCUGAGUUUCCAGUUGUAUGGCCUGACUGAAUUGGUGGAGGUCAGACAGCCAGUCCCUCCUCAAUACUUAGGCACUGUACUGGAUUUGCAUUCACCCCUGGGGUACUAGUUAAAGUCAUGGGCUAGCAGUUGCCAAACCAAAGGAGAAAGGACUUACAUCUGGAGACUACUAGUUGCCCGUAAGAAAUAAGUUAUUUGGGGAAAGAUAGAUAACAGACCCUCACUUGACCAGUUUCCUGACAGUGGUGCUUGAAGCUGAAUAAAAAGCUGCCUUGGCUCAAGACCACGGGGGUCAUGUCCACAGCACGUC